UGGGAUAGUUGACGUUCGACGUAGAAUUGUGAUUUUCUAACCUAUUUUCGUACAUUUAUUUUUUAAUAUUUAAAAGAAUAUAUGAUUAGUAUAUGUUGAUUAGAAAUAAUAAUUGGGGAUAAGGAACAUUUUUACUAAAUUGAUUUAGAAAAUGAGUUCAGAAAAAGGUAACGUGGCACGUACGCGUCCUCAAAAACACAAAAAUCGAGGAGUUUUCAAAAAUAACCUCCACGAUACCAACCAUGUUACAAAAAUGAUCAAUUCAAUUCAAGUCAGCCAUGUAUGUGAAAGGUGCAAAGAUAUAAUCGAGUGGAAAAUUAAAUACAAAAAAUAUAAACCAUUGUCACAGGCCAAGACAUGUGUCAAAUGCAAUUUGAAAACCGUUAAACGGGCUUACCACGUUAUGUGUGCAGAAUGUGGGAAAAAAUUAGGCCUUUGUACGAAGUGCUGCCAGAAAAAGGAUGUUGUUGUCCCACCAGUAACUGUAAAUAAGUUUGAGUUGGAUUUAGAACUUAAAGCAAUUUUAAGUAGUUUGGCAGAAAGGAGACGGCGCACUUUUCUAAGAUAUAUGGACAAGAAACGAAAACAAAAAGAGGAAACAGAGGAACCGAACACUACAGAAGAAGAAGAUCGAAAAGAUUUGUUAGAUAAAUUAAAAUCAUUACAAAUUAUGGAUGAUGAUGAUGAUGAAGAUGAUGAUGAUGAUUGUGAUGAUGAUCAUCAUCAUCCUUUUGACACAGAUUCUAGUCCAAGUGAACAUGUUGAUGAUGAUGAUUUGGAUAAACAUCAUGAUAGGCCAAUUGGUUGUCCAAAUGAUGUUGUAUUUAUAUAAUAAUUCUUAAAAAUAUAAUGAAUAAAUAACCUGUAAUUAAAA